AAGCCCUUAUCCAAUACCUUGCUCCUGAGUCGAACAGGUUCUCAUGCUAUCAUCCACUCCAAUCCUCGUCAGUGCCGUUAUCAACACGCGCGGACCAUGAAAAUGAGCCCCCCGGCUCUCGCCGCCGGCACCACCUCACUGCUGUCGCCUCCCACCGCUGCCGUCUCUGCCCACCCCUUCCCUCCCACGAACCACAAGCCUCACAGCGCCCGCAUCCGCCUCUCCUCCGCCGCCGCGGCUACCUCCAGCUCCAGGUGGGUCAACCCGCGGGCACCCCCGCCCCGGCGCGGCGCGGGCAGGAGCGGGGCUAACCAGCGGCUGCACCACCUCGUCCACCUCGGCGACCUGGACGCCGCGCUCCUCCUUGUGGAGUCCAUGCGGGAUCCCGAGCGACCCGCCGCGGUUCCCUGUACACUCCUCAUCAAGAAGCUUUGCGCAGCGGGCCGCCUCGACGACGCUGAGCGUGUGCUCGGGGCCUCCGAGCGCGCGGGCACCGCCGAUGCCGUCACGCGGAACACCCUCGUCGCGGGGUACUGCCGCGCGGGGGGUCGUCUCGCCGACGCCGAGCGUAUGCUGGCCUCCCUUGCCUUGUCCGGCUCCGCCGAUGUCGUCACCUAUAACACCCUCGUCGCGGGUUACUGCCGCGAGGGCCGCCUCAACGAUGCCCGGCGCCUCGUUGCCGACAUGCCGUUCGCCCCCAACUCGUACACCAAUAGCACCCUGCUCAAGGGCCUGUGCAGCAACAAGGAGUGGGACGAUGCCGAGGAGCUCCUCUCCGAGAUGAUCCGGAGUGGUUGCCCCCCAAAUGAUCUCACGUUCGGUAUGAUAAUCCAUUCGUUAUGCCAAAAUGGAUUGGCUGACCGUGCAAUGGGAGUUCUUGAUCAGAUGUCCAAGUGCAGGUGCACACGGGGCGUGAUUGUUUACAAUGAAAUCAUCAGUUGCCUUGCAGAGCUGGGGCGUGUUGAGGAGGCUCUUCAUUUAUUCGACCAAAUGCCCUGCAAACCUGACAUCUUUAGUUACAACACUGUGAUGAAGGGUUUGUGUAGAGAUGGGCGCUGGGAGGAUGCAGGAACGCUUAUUGCUGGGAUGGUUAGAAAGGAUUGCCCCCCAGAUGAAGUUACAUUCAACACAGUAAUCAGUUACUUGUGCCACAGAGGGUUGGUUGACUGUGCAAUGGAAGUUGUUGAGCAAAUGCCCAAGUAUGGAUGUAAACCUGAUAAUUUCACCUACAGUGCCCUAGUUAAUGCCUUAUCUGAACGUGGCUGUGUGGAUGAUGCUCUUGAGUUACUAAGAACUAUACCAUGGAAACCUAACACUGUUUGCUAUCGAUCCGUACUGAAGGGACUGUGCAGAGCUGAUCGAUGGGAUGAUGUUGGGAAGCUUGUAGCUGAGAUGAUCAGAAACCAGCUGAACCUUGAUGAAGUCACAUUCGGGUUGAUCAUCGACUGUUUGUGCCAAAAAGGGCUAGUUGACUAUGGUGCUGAAGUUUUGAGGGAAAUGACAAAGUUUGGAUGCUCACCUGAUAUUAUCAUAUACAAUUCUCUUAUCAAUGGGUUUUCUGAAAAUGGGAGUGUGGAUGAUGCCCUCGAGCUAUUCAAAAACAUGUCCUGCAAACGAAAUGUUGUUACCUAUAAUUAUAUGUUGAAGGGUUUGUGUAGAGCUGAGCAAUGGGAAGAUGCUGGGAAGCUCGUAGCUGAGAUGGUUAAGGAUGAAUGUCUCCCUAAUGAAGUGACAUUUAGUACCCUAAUCAGCUAUUUGUGCCAAAAAGGUUUUGUUGAGUGUGCAAUUGAAGUUUUUGAGAAAAUGCCGAAGUACAAUUGUAUGCCUAAUGUUAUAAUCUAUAGCACCCUUAUCAAUGGCCUUUCUGAUCAAGAGUGUGUAGAUGAUGCCUUGAAGUUACUAAAUGACAUGCCCUGCAAGCCAGAUACCAUUUGCUAUAGUGCUGCAUUGAAAGGCUUGUGUAGGGCCGAGCGAUGGGAGGAUGCUGGUGAACUGAUACUGGAGAUGAUUAGAAAGAACUGUCUUCCAGAUGAAGUCACAUUCAGUAUACUAAUCAAUAACUUGUGUCACAAAGGGUUUCUUGAGUCUGCAACUGAAGUUUCUGAGCUAAUGCUUAAGUAUGAAUGCAUGCCUAAUGUUUUCAUUUACAGUUCCCUCAUUAAUGGCUUUGCUGAACAAUACCGUGCUGAAGAUGCUCUCCAGUUACUAAGAAACAUGCCAUGUGAGCCUGACACCAUUUGCUACAGCGCUGCACUGAAGGGUUUGUGUAGAGCAAAGCGAUGGGAGGAUGCCAGGGAGCUUAUAGCUGAGAUGUUUAGAAAGCAGUGCCCCCUAGAUGAAGCAACAUUCAGUAUGCUCAUUGGUUCAUUGUGCCAGAAUGGGCUGGUUGACAUGGCAACUGAAGUUUUUGAGCAAAUGUCAGUGUAUGGAUGUAGCCCUAAUAGGAAGAUUCAUAGUUCCCUUGUCAAUGGCUAUUCUGAGCAAAGGCGUGUGGAUGAAGGCCUCAAGUUAUUGAGCAGUAUGCCAUGAAAGCCUACAAUCAAUUCCUGUUGUCUGUGUUGAAGAGCUUUGAGUCCUGAGGAUGGUAAGGAUUCAAAGUAACCAGGCUGGAGUUCAUCAUUGAUUUGAUGAAUUUACAUCUGGUACUCAUUAAUUACUUGUACCAGAAGAAAGUUUGGUUUGAGUUCUUGAGUAUUGGAAUGGAUGAUGUCAUGUGAUCAUAAUUUUUUUUUUGAGAUAGCCUGCAUGGAUGCUUUUUCAAGAAUGAAUUAUGGCAGGUAAUUGAGAUGGGUACUACAUGUGACUUUUUGGCUGUAAUCAAACAAACAAAAGCACCAAUCUUUAGUCAUAAAAGAGGUUCAGCAUUGUAUCAUGGUUUUGGAUGGCAAUAGAAGGACAGUAGCUGAAGCUCUAAAUAACCGGAGAUGGGUGGUAGAUAUCAAAGGAGCACUUACUGUCCAGGUCUUGGAGGUUUAUCUCAAUAUUUGGGAUCUAGUGGAGGUGUGGCCCUGCAGCAGGUGGUACCUGAUCAGUUUAGAUGGAAGUUAACUCAGUCAGGUACCUACAACAGCAAAUCAGCUUAUGCUGCAUUCUUUGGCAGGACCAUCAAAUUUGCACCAUAGAAAAAGAUUUGGAUGAGUAGGGCUCCACUCCGGUGCAAGUUCUUCAUUUGUUUGGCUAUCAAUAAUCGUUGUUGGAUGGUAGACCAUCUUGCUAAAAGAGGCUUGCCCCACUCGGAGGCUGCCCUUUUUUAUGAUAAAGAGGAAGAAACCAUACAGCACAUCUUUGUGGGCUGUGUCUUUACCGGGCAGGUUUUGUUUUAAGUUCUACCUGCUCUGGUGCCCUCAACUUCAGACACCAAAUUUUCAAGUUGGUGGAGGAAAGGUUUUCAGCUUAUUCCAAAGGAAUUGCAAAAGGGGUUCAACUAUUUAGUUAUUCUGGUAGCUUGGGAAACCUAGAAACACAGGAAGAGCAUGCCAGGCCUAGCAUACCGAUCUGCUCCGAGUGAUAGCUGAUGAAUGCGGUUUUUUGGGAUGACAGGAGCUUCAAAACUCCAAGAGCUCCUUGCCUGGUUGCUGUCCUUGGCUGCUUAGAACUGUGGCUAGGUUGGUCAGGGGUUUUGAUGUGGUUUCUUUUAUUGUUUUGUAAGUGUUAGCUACUGGUUGGUGUUGUGUGAGUGGGGGGUUGAGUUUUUGUACUUGGACCGGUUCCUGCUGGCCCUUUGGUUCUUUCUUCUUCUUAAUGAAAUGACACGCAGCUCUCCUGCGUUGUUCGAGAGAACAAAAUAGGGGUUAUGAGCAGUAAUUACUGAAAAAUAGUAAA